AUGACACAGAGUUGCGAGUGCCGAGACGGUUUUGCACGGAUAUCAAAUGGAUCUUGUGCUAUGGUAAGCGACUUGGCAAGAGGUGGGAUGGGACUGUCACAAGAUUCAGAAGAAGACGAGCCAUUUUGUGUUUUGGGGCAGGCAGAGAAAGCAGCGACAAGAAUCCUCACCGAACUUCUCAGCAAAUACGAUCGAAAUCUUGUUCCAAAAAUGAAAGGAGUCGAUGUAGAUGUGGAGCUGUUGAUUCAAAGAGUUUCGGAAAUAUCAGAGAUCCAGUCGAGCUCCACUAUGCACAUUUUAUUCAGUCAGAUUUGGCAUGAUCCAGGAUUGUCGUUUGAGCACGAGGAAGGUGCGCACUGUCUCACCAACUUGUCCCUUUCUCAUCGAAUGGUCGAUAACAUCUGGCUACCGAAUGUAUGUAUAGUCAAUUCAAAAGGCUCAGCAAUCCACAAAUCCCCUACUCCAAAUAUAUUUUUGGCUAUAUUCCCAAAUGGUACGGUAUGGAUGAAUUACCGGGUGGUUGUUGAGUCUCCAUGUGAAAUGGACUUCUCUUUUUUUCCAAUGGAUCGGGUCAUGUGUACUACAAUCUUUGAGAGCUAUGCGUUUAACGUUGGAAAGGUUCGUUUACACUGGAAACGCCAAGGACAACCUGUGGAAUUCAUUGAUGAUGUUAAGUUACCGGAUUUUCACAUGACUAAAUUUGUACAUGAGAAAGCAACUUUUAUUUAUCCAGCUGGAGUUUGGGAUCAGCUCAACAUAAAACUACUAUUCCGACGUUCAUACGGGUUCUACAUUCUUCAAAUUUAUCUACCGACAUAUUGCAUGGUACUAAUCUCAUGGAUUUCAUUCUGGUUGGAUAGGCGGAGUCUUCCCGCCAGAGUUACACUCGGCGUCUCUUCACUUAUGGCUCUAACACUACAGUAUUCCAAUGUAUCGAGGAGUUUACCAAAGUCAUGGGAGUUCAAUCCGACUCCAAGUAUGCUGUUGAACUCGGUCUCCUAUGUGAAAGGAUUGGAUCUCUUUAUGUUCGGGUGUAUUGUCUAUAUAUUUUUGUCAAUUGUGGAGUUGGCGGUGGUUGGAUCGUUGGAGCAGAGAAAACAGCAAAGAACAAACGGGGAUGGUGACUUUCUCUCAGAUGAUGACAUCAAAAAGAACAUAUUUCAACGCACAUUCUCUACCAAAUCUUUUAAGUCGGGCUACGGCGCCCGUCAUCAUCAAUUCUCCGAAUGUGCCAGCCCAGAAGACGGUGGAGAAUGGCCCAAAACUCGAACGGAGUGGGCAGAGAGGACUUAUGUGGAGUGUCCAGAGCCAGAACCACCGGAAAGUAAUCGACAUCCUGAAGUAGAGAACGAUAGUAAUAAUAAGAUGCUGGUAUUGGUGAGAGAACGGAGAGCGUCACGGAAACGAAGGAAACGGUUAAUGAGUGGAAAGUUAUUCCAGCGAUGGACGGCUGAAGACAUGGAUCGAUUCUGUCAAAAACUGUUCCCAAUCACAUUUACAUUCUGCAACCUCAUCUACUGGAUGUACUACACGGCCAAAUCCAAAGAUUGA